GGCUCGGGCUGACUUGAGACGGGCAGCACCUCCUUCCAAUCCCAGGACGUGACAGCUUCCCACAGCUGCUGUCGAGGCCUGGCCAUUUGGGGCAGCUGGGCAGUGAGAGAAACUUGGCCUGUUGGCCCCGGGUGCUCCAGAACUCUCCUCCGAGUAGGAAGCUGGUCCUUUCCUGCAAGUAGCAACCGAUCCCCGGAACAGCUGCUGCCAUGACCUCGGUCCGCGAAGUCUCCAGCAUUGCCGAAGACCUGCUGUGCCCUGUCUGCCUCUCCAUCUUCCAGGACCCCCGCAUGCUGGUCUGCGGGCACAACUUCUGCCUCUCCUGCUUGGAGAGCUGCGUCGUCCCCAAGGGGCAGCACCAGGGAACGUGCCCCGAGUGCCGGGAUCCCUUCGACCUGAAAGAUGCCGCCCGCAACAGGGUCCUGGCCAACUUGUCUGAGAAGGCCCGGCUCCUGCGGCUGGAGCAGGGUCCCCCGUCGGGUGGGACCGGGAGCUCGUACUUUUGCGAGGAGCACGAAGAGCCUCUCAAGCUCUUCUGCAGCCAGGAUGAGGCCCCUGUCUGCGUGAUCUGCCGGGAUCUGCCUCAGCACCAGGGCCAUAGCUUUUUGCCUAUCAAGAAUGCUGUCACAGGUUUUCAGGAUAAACUGAAAGCAUCUCUGGAACCCCUGGAGAAUGGGGUGAAGUGGGCCAUAAAUAAUCAGUCUCAACAGCAGGAGGCCAUGGAAGAACUGGAGAAUCUCAAUCAACACCUGUGUGGCUGCAUCUUCAUUGCGUUUGAGGAACUGCGUGAAAUCCUCAACGAGAGAGAGCAGAACAUGAUGGAAACGGUUAGGCAGAUGAAGGAGGAGAACCAGGCAGAAAUGGAGAGAAGACUGGAAUAUCUGAGAGCGUUCAGCUCAGCUCACACAGAGACCAUAUCUGGGAUCGAAGCUGCCUUGGCGGAAACCAACGAAUUUGCCUUCUUGAAGGGAGUCAAGGAACUGACAGGAAGAGUCCAGGAACGACUUAAAGAGCAGGUUGACGAAACAGCCAAAGAAGCCUGCGAGGGUGGAGAAGGGGAAGAGGAAAUUAAGGAGGAAGGCAACCAAGAUGAAGAUGCUGGUGAAAAUCUGGGCGAAGGCAAGGCCGGUGGAGAUGUCACUGAUGAAGAAGAAACUUACGAAGGAGCCGAAGCCCAGGGUGCAGAAGGAGAAGAUGAGGAGUGGGCCAUUGUGCCUGUCGACCCAGCUCUUGAAGAACUGGAAGAGUUGCUGGAUUUUGAUUCCUGGAAGGAGAUGCUGAGAAGCAUCAGUAUCAGGGAGACCUUUGUCCCAGACUCACCUUGCCACUCUCCAACUCCAGAGAAAGACAUGCCCCAGCUGGAAGACAGCGAUUUCUUACCCAAAGAAGCACCUUGGCGAAGCACUGGUUCCACUGAGGCUCCCAUCGUAGCUGAAGCUCCGAGUCAACCACCACGCAGCUCAUACUUUCGUGGCUUCCAACAGAUGCCCUUUUUGGGUUCCUUUCCGCCCUUUCCUUUCGGAGGGCAGUUUGGGCCUGGACAUGGGUGGAUGUCCCAUCCCAGGCUGGGCCGCGGCACAUUUCAAGGCAGGCGAGGGCCACGUAGCCAUCCUUUUGGCCCCCGAAGGGGCCAAGGCAGAGGAUAUUAUCCGAACACACAGACAUCCCAAUCCAGCGAAGGCAAAGCUUUGCCUCAGCAUCGCUGGAUGCCCCCUAGGAAUGAGCCGCCCAAGCCCAGAGAAGCUCAAGUCCCAGGGCAGGGAGGGCAGUGCAAGCCAGAAAAAGCAGGUGGGGGGUCCUCAGCGACAGAGCCCCCCAAACCAAGGGAGGCUCAUGGUUCGGGGCGAAUAGGAAGAGGAGGUUGGUCCAAUAAGCAGAAGACCCAAUCCAGUGCAGAUCAAAGCGGAGGUGGAUCUGUCAAGAACGAGGCUCGUGCCUCCAGUCAGGCAGGGUCGGGGCAAGGGCAAGGAUCUGCAAAGAGGCCCCCAACCCCCAACAAAGGGGGCGAAGCCUCGGGAAACAAGGGAUCUCAGAAUAAGCAUCACGGAGGGCGAGGGCGUGGUAGGGGCCGGGGUUCAGCCAAGGGCCCCCAGAACAAAUAGCUGUUUCCAUCAGAGGUGGCUGUUGUUGGACGCCGAAAGAAGGACGUAUUAAGAGAAGUGACCUUGUUUGGGCAUGUGGUUUCAUUCGUUGCACUUAUCUCUCAACCUCGGUCCAUACUGGAGUUCAUGUGCAGGAGAGCGCUCUUGCAACAACCGCUAUGGGAAGGAGGACACGGGACUCGAGCGAGGCCUUCACUCUGGUCCAGUGGCGUACUCUGGUGUGUCCAAGCCACAUAUGUUUAGCUGGUCAACGUAGGUGAAACGAUGUAGAAACCUUUGGACUUUAGAAUGUGCCUCUGAUUAAUUGAGCAGUAGUUUUCAUUCGUUUUGUUUUUAAUGCAAUUAUGUGUGUUUCGAGUACUUGGCAACAACAAAAGGCUGGCGCUUCGUUCCUGUCCAGAAGAUGCAUUUUUCCCUACUCCUCUCUAUUCGUGGAAAGAAAUGCUUCUCCUAAAAAUAGGAAUCUUUUUCAGCUCAGGGGCAGCAGCGUCUCAUGGGUGCAGCCCUCUGGGGGCCAGAGGCAGAAAAGUGGAAAGAGCAAUGGAUACAACUCCUCUCUCUCUCUCUCUCUCUCUCUCUCUCUCUCUCUCUCCAGCAGGCUACAUUCCAGCCACACAAAACUCAGGUUUCCCCCCCCCUGCACCCGCAUUCCAUCUCUCCAUCCUCCCAUCAGGCAAGCAAGAUGUGUUAUUGCAGUUCAAGGAGGCAUUCAAAGCUGACAAAACCAGAAUAGACGUGACGCAAGGCAGGAGUGUGGCCUGAGAAAAGACAUAGAUUCAUAUAAUUGAAGAGUUUGAAGGGACCCAAAGGGCAUCUAGCCCAGCCCCCUGCAAUGCAGGAAUCUCAGCUAAAGCAUCCAUGACAGAGGGCCAUCCAACCUCU